GCUAUCUCCUCAACCUCCAACUUCACGACUCCAGGAUUUUUUCAAUCUCAGUUCAAUAAGAAUACCCAAAAUGACCGUCUGUCGCCUCUGCUCACAGGCUUUGACCAUUGAGCUUGAUUCAGAUUCAUUCGAUGAGGCUACUUCUUCCUCUGUAGGGCAACCUCAAACUGCGCCUGAUGAUCUGCUCUUGGCUUGUGGCUGUCACUUUCAUUGGCAAUGUCUCCUCGACGAAUCCCCCCAAAUCGCCCUCGACCUCGCCUGUCCCGCCUGCUCCAACGCAAUCGUUACCCCUCGCCCGGGCCCCUCAGCAACCAACACCCUCCUCCCGCCCUCAAACCCCGAGCCUCAGAUCCUAGCCCGCUACCACAACGAAGGCGGCAUCCAACCGAACCUCGAUAUCCUGCCCCUCAUCACCGAGGAAGCGUACCUAGACGCCAACCCCGGCCAUCGACCAGCGCGAGCCUUCAUGACUAUGUGUGCCGAGGGCGAUGUCUCUGGCAUCGUCGAGCUGCUGAAGGAUCUCGAUGAGGAUGAGGACGAGAGUAUGCGGCCGGGUGAAGUUAUCAGGUGGCAGGAUCCGUUGGAGGAGGGGAGGACGGGGUUGCAUGUUGCGGUGGAGAAGGGGCAGGAGGAGGUGGUUUGGUUGUUACUUUGGGUGGGGAGUGGGAAUGAGACGGGUGUGUUUCCGGGGGAGGUGGUGAGUGCUGCGGAGACGAUGGGUGCGGAGAGGAGGUUGGGUGGGGACGGGGAUGAUGUUAGGGGGUUGAAGGAUGAGGCGGAGAGGACGCCGGGGGAUGUGGCGAGGGAGAUGGGAAGUACGUGGGCUGGGUUGGUUGGGGCUGGUGUUUUGGGUUAG